AUGUGCGUCCUGUUCCUCUUCAUCGUCGAGGUCAGCCAGUACAUCCUCAACCCCCCCAUGGAGCAGAUCAUGGAGGACGUCAUCUGCCGGCGUUACCACCCAGACCAUACGAUAGCCAUGCCCCAGCUCCACGAUAGCCGGUGCAAGGACACAGAAGUGCAAAAGACGCUGGCCAUGGUGCGGUCGUGGAGCACGUCUCUCGAUAUGCUGCUUCCGCUUUUCGUGCAGAUUUCCUUUGGAGUCGUUGCUGACAAGUAUGGCCGCCGUCUUGUCAUAUUUCUCUCGCUCCUGGGAUGUUGCCUCGAGCAAGUUUGGAUAACCGUUGUCCUCUUCUUUCCCGAUACUUUCCCCAUCUGGAGCAUCUUGUACGGCAGCAUCUUCCUCUUGAUUGGCGGCGGCAGCCAAAUGGUCGUCGCCAUGAUUUCGACUGUCGUUGCCGACGUCGUUCCCGUGUCCGAGAGAACCGGCACGUUUUAUUUGAUCUACGCCAUGAAUCUUCUCAUCUCCAUUGCCGUCAACCCUCUCGCUGCGUUCCUCCUCAGCAUUGACCCCUGGCUUGCGAUGUGGAUCGGGAACACGGUGCUCACCAUGGGCAUGCUGUCGUCUGCUCUCAUCCCAGAGACGCUCAAGUUUCGCCAGGCGGUGGAUAACAAGCGCCGUGGCCAAGAUUACUCGUCUGCCGCUCAGCAAGAGUCACAGCUGCCAUCGAAGCAAUUCCCCAGUGCGAGAGAACUGGCGCAGCGCGCGUGGUUUUCGGUCAAGAACGAUGUGUCUCACGUAUGGCGGUUCAUCUUCACGUCCAAGACGGUCGUCCUGCUGCUGCUUGCCUAUGGCCCAUUCUAUCUCAUCAAGUUGACGUUUGUGUUGGACAUUUUGCAGUACAUGACUCGCCGCUUCAACUGGGAGUGGUCAACUGCAACCUACGUCAACACGGUCAGCAGUCUGGCCGGAGUCUUCACCUUGCUGGUGCUGCUGCCGCUCUCGUCGGCUGUUUUGACCAAACGCUUCCACUUCAACUCCAUCAAGCGAGAUCUAUUCCUGGCUCGCGCCUCCAUCGUCAUCUUCAUCGCCGGCAGCCUCUUCACUGCCCUGGCGGGCGUGCCGUGGCUGUUUGUCUGCGCCAUGGUCAUCACCAACAUUGGCGUGGGCGUCAGUUCCCUGUGCCGAGCGCUGCUCAAUGCCGUCGUGGAGCCUCAUACGGUGGCCACGCUCAACACGACAAUGUCCACCAUGGAGACGCUCGUGGGCUUUUUGGGCGCUCCCGUCAUGGGAUGGCUGCUGAGUCGUGGCAUGGAGCUGGGCGGCGUGUGGAUGGGGCUGCCCUAUUUGGCGACCACUUUGCUGGGAAUCGCAGUCAUGACGGCACUCGCUUUCGUUAGAGUUUAG